AUGAAUUCUCUUCCUCCAACCCAGCUGAUCUCAGCUAGCAAGGAUCUCAAGACAACGGCCAGUUCUCCAGAAGAACCAUCAAUGGAGAUUGAAACAGAUAAAACGGCUGGAACGAAACGACCCCACUCAGCAACAACGGAAACGUCAGGAAUGGAAGACAGAGUGUCUGCUGACAACUUAAUGUCUGACCAACCAAGCACUGGCUUGGAUGGUAAUUUCAUCAUGAGCAAAGCAGGUAGGAAAAAGAAAAAGUCAAAACAAGCUAAGUCUCCGGCCCAGGAUGAAAGGACGGAAGCUCAGGUCUGGCAGGACUUAGAUUAUGAAGUUAUAAGCAGCCCAGGGAGCUACCCACUAAACCUGAAACAAUUUAGAAGUCUAAUGGAUGUAACUCUCAGAGUCAAUAAUACUACAUCUGAACCAAUACAACUAGAGAAUGGAGUACCCAUAAGAUCAGUGCUCAGUGUGGUCCUAUUCCUGAUGACAAUCAAUGACAUAUUUGAUAGUAUUGAGCGCCCCCUAUGGGCAAACAUGUUUGCCGACGACUUGACAAUACUAGGAAGAGGUAAAGAUGUGAAAAUCCUUGAAGAACUUAUUCAAGCAACACUGGAUAAGCUACUUACAUGGUCCGAAAGAACAGGAUUCAAAUUCUCAGAUACAAAAACCGAAUACAUGCUUUUUACCAGAGGGCAUCAGAGUGAGGAAAUCUGCUUAACGUUAGGGGGACAUCCAAUUAAAAGAGUUUAUUCGUUGAAGAUACUAGGUAUGAUCCACGACCCCAAACUUUCAUGGAAGAAACAUAUAGAGACAGUAAAAUCGAUAGGAUAUAAACGACUAAAUAUUAUAAAAUCUUUGGCAUCGACUGUUUGGGGGGCUGAGAAAAACUGCCUCCUAACGACUUACAAAGCUCUAAUUAGACAAAAAAUAGAGUAUGGAGCCAUAAUCUAUGACUCAGCUCAUCCUCACGUACUUAAAGCAUUAGAAACUCUACAAAACUCAGCACUGAGGAUCUCACUAGGUGCCUAUAGGACGAGUCCAGUAACAAGCCUGUUAGCAGAGGCGUUGGAAGUUCCACUAUCAUUAAGACGCAAAGAAUUAGUUAUGACCUAUGCAGCCAAAAAGAGAAUGUCACCAGACAAUCCAGUAAAGGAAUGCAUCUUCAGGACGUCCACUGUAGAUGCAAACUACUCUCAACGUCCUACAUUACCGAAUCCUCUAAGAAUAAGAUUAAAAAAAUACUCCAACGAAUUCAACUUAGAACUCUCAUGUGAAUGUAUGGACAUAGGAAGACCUGGUCCCCCCUGGUUUAACCUUAGUAAAUUAAUAAACCUGGAAUUAGCGGAAAAUCCUCGAAAAGAUACUCCAUCUCUAGCCUUCCGAAAUUUAUUUUUGGAACUCAAAAAUAAAUAUGAACAUCAUGAAGAAUAUUACACCGAUGGAUCAAAAAAAUGGUCCUUCAUCCAAGUUACACCAGGUUCGGGAAUCCAUCACCGAAAAUUUCCCGCAGUUUUACUUAUCAAGAAUAGACCAGGUAGUCCUAUCUAG